GAAGAAGAAGAUGAUGAGGAAGAAGAGAAUGAGCUUUAAUGGCAGAUUAAGCGAGAGCACAACGACGCCAACAACGUCGUCAACAUACAAAGAAGAAGAAAUCGAGUGGGAAAUGCGACCAGGUGGAAUGCUCGUACAGAAACGAUGCGAGAAAUCCAAGUCUUCUGCACCGAUUCUACGACUACGAAUCGCCUACGGUGCUCUCCGUUACGAGAUGUCAAUUAAUUCCCAAUCCACUUUUGGGGAGCUGAAGAAGCUUCUAACAACGGAGACGGGAUUGCAACCAGCGGAGCAGAGGUUGUCGUACAGAGGGAAGGAGAGAGAGAAUAGAGAGUACUUGGACAAGUCUGGUGUGAAGGACCGAUCGAAGGUGGUGUUGAUGGAGGAUCCGGCCAGUACAGAGAAGCGAUUCCUUGAGAUGCGUAAGAAUGCGAAGAUCCAGAGCGCUCACCGUGCCAUCUCCGACGUCGCCAUGGAAGUUGACAAGUUAGCUGAUCAGGUUUCUGCUAUUGAGAAGUCUAUAGAAAAUGGGACUAAAGUGCCAGAAGUUCAAAUAACAACGUUGAUUGAGAUGCUGAUGAGACAAGCAAUCAAGCUAGAUAGUAUACCUGCAGAAGGAGAUGCAUCUGCCCAAAAAGACUUGCAGGGAAAAAGGGUGCAAAAAUGUGUUGAGACCCUAGAUUUGCUCAAGAUCUCAAAUGCAAGAAUAAAGCCUGUGGUCGUCACGACCAAGUGGGAGACCUUUGACCCUCCACUUAUAGCUCAAUGGGAAAUUUUUGAUUGAAAUUCUCUUCUGUUUUUUCUUC